UGUCAUUUGUGGCAAUCUGUCACCUGAUUUUAGAAUAUCGCGAAUUAACGCAUAAAGUGACUAUUAUUAUGUUUUCUCAUCAUAAUUGUUAAAAUUAGGAGAAUAAAUAGUUCCAUCGAAAACAUUGAUUAAUUAAUUAUAAGGACACGUAAGUUCGUAGCAUGUUGUCAUUGAAUGACGUUUAAUAUCACGAUAUUGGAAAAGAAUAAAAUUUAAAUUGUAAGUGAAUUACAUUAAAAUUACACUAAAAUGGCCUCAAGUACGACAGAAAUUCCGAAAGAAACCAUAGGAGAGGGUGGAGACGAAUCCGAUAAAAAAGAGGAGAAAAAUGAUUCCAUGUUUGAGUGCAACAUUUGCCUAGACACUGCAAAAGAUGCAGUUGUCAGUCUUUGUGGACAUUUAUUUUGUUGGCCCUGCCUUCACCAAUGGCUUGAAACCAGACCAAAUCGACAAGUUUGUCCAGUGUGUAAAUCGGCUAUAAGCAAGGAAAAAGUUGUUCCAUUAUAUGGUAGAGGUAGUAAAAAAACUGAGGAUCCCAGAGAAACAGUACCACCAAGACCUGCCGGUCAAAGAACUGAACCAGAACCUGGAUCCAGUUUUCCAGGGUUUGGUUUCGGCGACAAUGGUUUCCACAUGUCAUUCGGGAUCGGCGCGUUUCCGUUCGGCUUUUUCGCAUCGUCGUUCAACAUCGGCGACGCUCGUCCGAGUCCGGCGCCGCCAGGCACGCAGCAGCAUUCCGAGGAGCGCAUCCUCUCGCACAUCUUCCUGUGGCUCGCGAUCUCGUUCAUUUUCUGGCUGCUGAUCGCGUAGUCGUC